AUGCCAUACGCAGGGACUUCAGACUCGUCUAGAGCUGCUUUCAAGGCGUUUCAAGAGAAGCAUAUCACCAAGGAUACCAUAUUUAAUAAGAAGUUUGAUCUUGCGUCGAUACCGUCAUCUGCAUCUGCGUCCGAUACAUCUUUGAGUUUCAAGAAUAUAAGCCGAGGUAACUCCUAUGUGGAUCUUCAAAGGCCUAGUCCUUUUUAUAGGCAUGAGAAUGGAUCUUCGGAAUCAGUUAAAAGUAGCUCAGAAAAAUUUGACUACAAAGAGCUUAUAUCACUUCCUAAUGAGUCUACACAUGCAUACUCAUGUAAUCCUUUGUCUCCGAUUUCGCUGUACGUUAGACUAUCUAUCCUAAAGAGAGCUUUAGAUAUCAUGGCUAAUGACCCCGAUAUGCUAGAAGAGAGUAAAGCGGUAGAGCCUUUAAAGAGAAUGAAGGCAUCUAAUACAGCAGAUGUUACCCAUGUAGCACACUUGCAGGAAAUGAUUAAUGAGAAAAAUAAUGAAGAGGACAUGGUAACUUUGCCAAAGAGAGGGAGUGUUACCAAAUGGAACUCUCAUGCAGCUACUUUAGAGGCAUUUGUAUCGAAUAGCAUGGAUAAAAGUGCUCAACCUAAUAGCAAAUAUGGGGAUCUCACAAAUGAAGAUUCACAAAUCCCAGAAAGGCCAGUGCAAAUGCAAAGAGCGGUAUCAUUGGCAGUUUUACCGCAGAGUAUAUCUAAUCAUAGCAAUAAUUCACCGUUCAAAAAGGAUUUUAAUUUUCGUGGGACCCAAUCUGGCACUAAAUUCAGACAUAAUAAAGACAUAUUGGAAGGUUUACGAAAACUUUUGGAUGAUACAUUAGAAAAAAAAUCAAUGAGCAACGCAUCAAAGUUGCAUAAAUUAUCACUCUUAAAUAUUGACAAGUUGGACCUGACUUCGGUACCAACAGAUGGCAAUGAUGAUACAAUCAAUGAUGUGGAAGAAAAAGGGAACAAGUUAAAACGGGCUUUACUAGACAGUUUAGCCGAACCCUUCAUUGAAUUUGGUCGUGAAAACGAUAAUAUGCAGGACGAUCAAUAUAAAAAAUUAAAUGAACAAGAUCUGAAUAUCAACAUGUCUGAAGUGGUACGGCAAUAUCGCUAUAAUAAAGUGUUGCAUCCUUUUACUUCAGGAAAGAACUCUGCACCACAAGCAAUUUUUACCUGUUCUGAUCAACAUCCCUGGAACUUUAAAGCUGCAAACGAUUUGGCGUGUUUGACUUUUGGUAUUAACAAAAAUGUCCUGAAAGCUUUAACUCUCCUUGAUCUUAUUCACACAGAUUGUAGAAAUUUUGCUCUGAAUAAACUCAUUAGUAUUCAAGAUGAUCAAGAUAUUGUUUUUAGUGGGGAAAUUAUAGCCAUAGUACAACCUAAUUCAGAAAAUAAGGCUGGAUUGAUAUGGGCAACCAUUUGGGCAAGAAGAAUAAAAGGUUCCUUGGUUUGUGUUUUUGAGAAGAUUCCAUGUGAUUACGCAGAUAUUAUGUUAAAUUUAGAUGACUUUUCCGUUGAAAACAUUAACGAUUCUACCGGUUUGCUUUCCAACCUUGACCAAAAUACAGAAAAUGAUAUUACAGUAACCGAAAGUGAUGAAUUAGAAAAAAAGAAGACUGUGAAAUUUGCAAACGAAGUACAUGAUAUCAAAAAAGUGAGUAAGUCCUUAUCGAAACUAAUUAAAGACGUAUGUACAGGAAAUUAUGAUAUGGAUGAGGAUGAUAAGUUAGUACCACUGUCAAUUCGGGUAUCGAAUGAGAUUAAUAGAAGAAGAUACUUUACAUUAAAUCAUUCAAAUUAUAACAUAUCAUGUGCUGUAUCCUCGUCUGUGUUGGAAAAUGAGCUAAAACUGAAGAUUCAUAGUGCCGCUUAUCAAGUUGGUUUGUUCAUUAUUGAAAGAGAAACUUUGAAGCUUGUUUCUUGUAACAAAUCAAUCUGCAAGAAUAUGUUUGGUUAUCAUACUUCUGAAAUUAUCAACUCUGAUAUUACUACCUUGAUUCCUGAUCUCGCCAAAAUUCUUGCCUUUAUUCAAUAUCAGUAUCCGAUUUUAGACUUCAGUGCUGAAGAGAACAGAGGAUUGGUUCUUACUGAGCAUUUUUUCAGAAAGAUUGUUUCUGAAAUGCAUUCUGAUCCUGGAAGCUUUUACUCUUCUGUUGGGUUGGAUGGGCUUCAUAAAGACGGAAAUAACAUUAAGGUUGAUUUUCAAAUUAGAGUAUUGGAUGAAAAUAUCUUUCUAUUAUGGAUUUCUCAAACAAGAGACCUGUUAUUUGAAAAUUAUGAUUCGAAUCCUUCUCAGCUAAGCAUGUUGAAAGAGAGUGAACUUUCACUAGUUAGCAGUAGAAGUAGUUCGUCGUCCUCAAAGAGGCCAACUGAAUGUUUAGCGUUAUCUGCGCUAAAGAGAAUUGAUAGCUUGGCUAUUGCUGAUCAAGGUAUAGAAGAUGAAACUUGUGAGCAUAAUGAAAACAGAUGUAAUUCUAUCGAAAAACAGUCCGUGGCUAUUUCUAAUAGUAAUAAAGAAGCACAUCCACCAAAAAAUAGUGAACUAAAAAAUACUGUCGAUAUUAUUGAUAAUGAUCUGAUUUCUGAUCCUACAAUCAGAGCAAAUAUCGAAUUGGCUAGAAGAUAUACAAAUAACAAAUCAGAUUUUGUCAAGGAAGAUAAUUUUAAACUUGAUGAAGAAAUGAUAAAGAAAAUUGUAAACACGGAGAUUCCAGAGGUGGCUAAUGCUGACUCUAACUUAGCGCCGGAAGAACUCUUGAAGGUGUUGAACAUAAAAGAACCAAUUGUGAUUGGGGCCCAAAAAAGGAAGAAAAAGUACUCCGAUUUUGUUGUCCUACAAAAGAUGGGAGAAGGGGCAUAUGGAAAAGUUAACUUAUGUAUUCACAAAGAAAAGAAAUAUAUUGUUGUGAUUAAGAUGAUUUUCAAGGAAAGAAUUUUGGUGGACACCUGGGUUAGAGAUAGAAAACUAGGUACCAUUCCAUCAGAAAUUCAAAUAUUAGCGACAAUUAAUAAGAGACCUCACGAGAACAUUCUUGGUUUGUUGGACUUCUUUGAAGAUGACGAUUACUACUACUUAGAAACUCCUCCUCACGGUCAAACUGGUAGUGUAGAUUUAUUUGACAUCAUUGAGUUCAAGUCAAACAUGACUGAAUUUGAAGCAAAAUUGAUCUUUAAGCAAAUUGUUAGCGGUAUCAAGCAUUUGCACGACCAAGGGAUUGUUCAUAGAGAUAUAAAGGAUGAAAAUGUUAUUGUUGACUCCAAGGGUUUUGUAAAGUUGAUUGAUUUUGGUUCUGCUGCCUACGUGAAAAGUGGUCCCUUCGAUGUUUUCGUUGGUACUAUUGACUAUGCUGCUCCGGAGGUUCUUGGUGGUAAUCCAUAUGAGGGCAAAUCGCAAGACAUAUGGGCCAUCGGUAUCUUAUUGUAUACUUUGAUCUACAAGGAAAAUCCAUUUUACAAUAUAGAUGAGAUAUUAGAAGGAGAACUUAGAUUCAAUGAUAGCGCGGAUGUUAGUCAGGAAUGUAAAGCAUUGAUUACAAAGAUAUUAAAUCGCUGUGUUCGUAAAAGGCCAACAAUUGACGAGAUUUGCCAAGAUGUAUGGCUUCAAAUUUAA